UCCGGGUUUUAAAAAACGCCGGCAGUGAAUCCGCUAAGCGGGCCUUUUGAACUCAAGGGGGUGCCGGAGGCGCACGCGGCGGGGACGCUCCUGAGCCUUCCCGGGACGACAGCCUUUACCCCUCCAACCCUGAAGGCGGACAAGGCACCGCGGGGCCGAGACCCUCCGCGCCCGCCAUGGACCCGCCCCGCCGGAGCCGCAAGUCCGGUGCCCCGAGGAGGCGACCCGCGAGCCCGGCCCCCGGCCCCCGCCGGCGUGGCGCCCCAGGCACUCCCUCCCGUCGAUCUGGUCGCCGGAGACACCUGGUUCUGAGGGAGAUCCGAAAUCUUCAGAAGAGCACACACUUAUUGUUAAGGAAGAACCCCUUCGGCCGCCUGGCAAGAGAAAUAUGUGUUAAAUUCACUCGUGGUGUGGACUUCAAUUGGCAAGCCCAGGCCCUGUUGGCCCUACAAGAGGCGGCAGAAGCAUUUCUAAUUCAUCUCUUUGAGGAUGCCUAUCUCCUCUCCCUACAUGCCGGCCGUGUUACUCUCUUCCCGAAGGAUGUGCAGCUGGCCAGGAGGAUCCGAGGCAUUCAGGAAGGGCUCGGCUGAGCCGCCACCUGUCCUUGGACGACACCAGGGACUCUGUCCAGAGCUGGGACCAGAUCCAUGGAGUCCGAGGUGCUGCCUGGACCAGCUGUGCAUGAGCGGAGUGUGCAUGUUGCUUUUGUAAUUGGUUCUUUUAAGAAGGAGCAGACUGCAUGACUUCCUCUACGACAGCCGUAACAUAUAAGAAAAUCAACAUGGUUCCAGAGGCCUGAGAACUGUUUUCAGAUAGACUCCAAGGUUGACUUCAGUUUGUAAAUUAUUUAUAUGACUGCUUAGUGAUUUUGAAGACAUCAGAUUUGCUGUGUUAUGGCAGAAAAGGAUAUUUGUUAAUAAUUUAAGAUCUUUUUGUACCAUUUAAAUUUUUUACCACAUGUAUUUUUACUUCUAUUUAAAAUAUAAGGGAAAAAAAAAAAAGACCACUUUAGUAAGUUGCAUGGAAGAACCUGACACAUCUAGCAUAUAAAUCUUUGCCCUUCGGAUUAAUCUUAUCAUAGCGGCAGCAGCAAGUGUUUAUGUGGAAUGUGCCUGUCAACAAAUUAUAGCUUUUCAAAAGCUCAGUUGGGGUUAAAGUUAAAAAUCUUUGAGGUUUGAUGUUCUUGUUUUUCCUAGUAAAUUUCUAUCAAAAUCAUUCAGAAAUUCUAACUUGUAGAAUUUUAUUAUUUGCAAAUCACAGAUAUAUCACAGUUUAUACUUUAGAAUUUUUCAUUCCAAGAUGUUAAAGUGCAUUUUCAAUGUUUUUAUGGAUAUUUCUUAUAACUUCUUUAUGGACAGAUAAUAAAAAUAAAAGUAAUUCUUUAGCGAAAAAACUGUAAAGCAGUUACUGUUAGAGCAUACAUGUAUAUUUUGUGUUAACAUUAAGUCUUCAUUUGUAUACUGUUUGCAAACAGCUAAAACUUAAACAAGAGAAUGGAGGAACGUGUUUUUGCCUCCACUGGAGUAGAGCACGAGCAGAUAAAAACCUUGCCCUUCUGUUGUAACUGAAAGCACUUUAGGAGAUUUCCAGACAAGCAGGACGUGCCACUUGAAGAUUUUCAGAUUUUGUGUGUGGCAAAAAUGAUUAGCACCAGUGGACUACUAAUAAUGAUGUCAAUCAACUGAAUUCAGAGACAAACUAAAGGGAAGGACCAGAUUCUAUUGUUUAAUACAUUUUAAUCCUUUGGAAAAACCUUAUGUGACCUCAACUCAUAUUUUUGUAGACAUUCAGAUAAAAGCUUAUCUACCUAUAAAUAUAAAGUUCCUUUCAGUGUUAUUAAUUAGAA